AUGUCGUCGCUCCUUCCCACCUCGCUGGCUCGUCAGGGUGGCCUGAUGGCCUCGCGCUCGCUCCCCGCGUCGGUGGCCGUUAGAAGGACCCUGGUGCUGGCCCAGCAGAUGCGCCAGCAGCAAAGGUUUGCGGCCACGACGUCCAAGGUGGCCACGACGAAGCUCUCUCACGAAGAUGCCCUCAAGCUCCUCAAUGAGCAGCGAAGCCUCCGCCCUAACUCGCCCCACUUCACAAUCUACCAACCCCAGCUCACAUGGAUCGCAUCGAUCUUCAACCGCAUCACCGGUGCCGGUGUCAGCGCCCUGCUUUACGUUUGGGCGGUCUCCUACCUGGCUCUUCCGUACACUGGUGUCGGACAGGUCCUUGAUUCGGCUCACCUCGUUCAGUUUGCCGCCAUGGCACCCGUGUGGCUCAAGCUCCUCGUCAAAGUACCUCUCGCAGGCGCUUUCAGCUUCCACUCCAUCAACGGUCUCCGUCACUUGCUGUGGGAUUACGGCAAAGCCUUCUCGAUGAAGGGCGUGUACUCGACUGGAUACACUGUCAUUGGCGCAUCGGUCCUCGCCACCGUCGGGCUCUGCAUGCUCUAG